AUGAUGGCACCCAAUGGAGGAGGGGCCUGGAGACGGGCCCUCCUGCGAAGCUACCCGUGGGGGAGGGAUAACCAGGGGAAGCUGAGUGUGGCAAGAAGUUUCUACACGCAGCGGACACUUCCUGCCAUGCACGCCAGUGGAAAAUGUGUACGAAGUGUAGCCAUCGCAACAACACAUGCAAGGGGAUUACACCAUCAACACAGAUGCACCUACUACACCAGCAGUGAUGGAAAAAAAUAUAAUAAAAAAAUAUGGAACAGUUUAGGCAUUGUAAUUAUACCACAACAAACAGCAUACAUAAUUGAGCGUCUAGGAAAAUAUAAAAAAACCUUAUUGGCAGGCAUUCAUUUUAUCAUCCCCUUCAUAGACAAAAUAGCUUACGUGUUUUCGCUAAAGGAAGAAACGAUAACAAUUCCUAACCAAACGGCUAUUACUAAGGAUAAUGUGACUUUGAAUAUUGAUGGGGUGCUUUAUAUAAAAUGCGAUAACCCAUACAACUCUUCGUAUGGUAUUGAAGACGCUGUUUUCGCUGUGACGCAGUUAGCCCAAGUUACCAUGAGAUCGGAGUUAGGGAAACUAACCCUAGACGCUACCUUUCUAGAGAGGGAUAAUUUAAACGAAAAAAUUGUUACAGCUAUUAAUGAGUCGGCAAAAAACUGGGGUAUUAAAUGUAUGAGGUAUGAAAUUAGGGAUAUCAUUUUGCCAGUCAAUAUUAAGAAUGCCAUGGAGAAGCAGGCAGAAGCGGAAAGGAAGAAGCGGGCAGAAAUAUUACAAAGUGAAGGAGAAAGGGAGAGUGAAAUUAAUAUUGCUAUUGGAAAAAAAAAAAAGUCCAUCCUUAUUGCAGAGGGACAAUCUUUUGCAAUUAAAGCAAAAGCAGAUGCUACCGCAGAAGCUAUAGAAAUUAUUUCAAAUAAAAUUAAAAAAUUAGAUUCUAAUAAUGCAAUUUCUCUUCUUAUAGCUGAACAGUACAUUGACGUAUUUGCCAACAUUUGCAAAAACAACAACACCGUUAUUAUUCCUGCCGACUUGAAUAAUAUUAGCAGCUUAAUUUCGCAGUCCUUGUCUAUAUAUAAUAAUAUACAAAAUGCCAAGCGAGGGAAUGGUCCCCCACAGAUUGAAUCCCUCCCCAAUGAUGACUUGGUGCAUUGCGAAGAGAAGGACUGA